AUGAGCACAUCUUGGGUGACUGUUGUAACUACUUCGACUUACAUAAUCGGUGCAAAAGUCCUAAAUGCGAGUUUAAAACAGAGUGGAACUAAAUAUCCUCUACUAGUCCUCACUACGGAUGCUUUAUCUGAUGCUGAACAACAAGAAUGCCGAGAUGCUGGUAUGGAAGUAAAACUGAUCGAGCCACUUUUGUUAGAUACAGUGGCAGCUGGAGAUUUUAGAGCAGCGUUUGCAGAAGCUGGUAACAAACUUCGGGCUUUUGCUUUAGUGGAUUAUGAUCGAUUGGCCUUCCUCGACGCAGACACUCUCGUCUGUCGCAAUAUUGAUUGGUUACUCGAUACGGCCGACUUGAUCGAUGACGACGAAUUGGCGAUAAGCUUCGCAUGUACAUGUAACAACCGCAAGAAAUCAUUCUAUCCGGCUUCAUGGACACCUGAGAAUUGCGGUCAUAACAACAUUACCUAUAGUCAUUCCAUACCACUGACGAAACUCACCGAUGACAACGUGGCAGUUAAUUCGGGAGUGAUGGUAUUCAAACCAAGCACACGUAUAUGUAAUCUUAUAGAAAACUUCAUCUUUAAUAACCAAGACCUCGUUCAAACUUAUGUGUUCCCCGAUCAGCAAAUUUUGCAAGAUGUUUUCAGACAACGAAUACGUAUUUUACCUUGGAAGUUCAACUCUUUGAAAGUUCUGAGAGUAUGUCACAAGAAUUUGUGGUAUAAUGAUGAAUCAAAUCGUGACGUUCAUAUCGUCCAUUAUAUCCACGAAAAACCAUGGAAUAAACGCUGCAAGUCUGUUGCAUACCCUAAUAACCUCCCCGAUUGGCAUGAAGUAGAUGUCGAUCCGACACAUGCUUGGUGGUGGCACACACACGAUAAUUAUCUAUAG